AAAGAGAGGUGAAAAGAGAAAGAGGUCGAUGGAGGCAAAGAUCCCAGUGGUGGAUUUCGAGAAACUUUCAACAGAUGAAGAUGAGUUGAAGAAGCUAAGAGAAGCAUGUGAGAAAUGUGGGUGUUUCAGGAUCAUGAACCACCCCAUUCCACUAACCCUCAUGGCUGACAUGAAAUUAGUGGCUAAACACUUGCAUGAUCUUCCUAAGGAAAUAAAAAUGCGUAACAAAAGCAUCAUCCCUGAAAGUGGCUAUGUGCCAUCGACUGUAACAAGUCCUCUUUACGAGGGUUUGGGAAUCUAUGACAUGUAUUCUUCACCCCAUGCACUUCAAGAUUUCUGCUCUCAAUUGAAUGUGUCACCCCAUCACAGGCAAAUAUUAGGGGCAUAUGGCCAAGCAAUCCAUGACUUGGCAUCAAAUGUAUCACAAAAGAUGGCUGAGUCUUUGGGCAUAAUGAGUUUUGAUUUCAAGGAUUGGCCAUUCAUUUUUAGGAUUAUUAAAUAUAAUCUCACCCCACAAGAUAUAGGCACCACGGCAGCAGAACUACACUCAGACACAGGGUUUAUCACUCUACUUCAAGAUGAUGAAAUUGUUAGCGGUCUUGAGUUGCUGGAUGAUUCCAACUCAUUUAAGAAAAUUCCUACUAAACCAGGGUCCUUCCUUUGCAUUAUAGGAGAUGUUGGACAUGCUUGGAGUAAUGGAAAUUUUUUUAAUGUGAGGCAUCGUGUACAAUGCAAGGAAACAAUUAAUCGUUAUUCAUUUGGUGCAUUUAUGUUAGCAUCAAGAGAUGGCAAUGUUGAGGCCCCAGCAAAGUUGGUGGAACUUGACCAUGCACGAGUCUAUUGUCCAUUUAAGUAUGAAGAAUUGAGGGAGUUCAGAAUCACCACAGGAAAGAAAACCGGUGAAGUCCUUGAUCAAUACCGCAUUGAUUUGUGAUUUGUAUGCAUAUAUAGGAGUAAUGCUCAUUACAACAAAAUGGGUAUUUAACAUUAUUAGAAAAAUGUUGUUAAAUAAUAUAAAUAAAUU